AUGGUAUCUCAGUACACUCCCAGCGCCGGUGACGGCCAACAACUCGCCCUCCGCGGCGCAGCCUCUGUCGUCGGCGUCCCCUCUACCUCUCACCAUCGCCGCGACCGCGACGACACGUACAGCUCAUCCCGCGCGCGGCGCUAUAACCGCUCGCACGCCGGCGGCAGCUCUUUCGCGCCACAGAACGAGUUCCCCAUCUUUAGCAACACGGGCGACGUCGAGAUUAUUGUGAGGGUCCCGUCCGGCCAUGAGAAUCGGUACCUUUUGCAUCGGCAUAUCCUCACUAGGUGCUCGGGGUUCUUUGAGGCGAGUACGAGUAGUGAGUGGUCUAGAGCGCAGCAAAUUCCGGAACUGCCUGCGCCGGGAGCCGGGAGGGAAAGUCGGGAAAGUGAGCGUGGGAAUGGAGAUGAGCUUGCGAGGGUUGAGGAGCAUAAGGAAAGUGUGUUUGGCGCGGUCGGUUUUGGGCAGGGGAAGAAGAGGUGGAGGUAUGAGCUUGAUUGGGGGUCAGGACAGAAUGAUGUACCGAUGUUGGUGCAGAAGGAUCCGGGGGAGAGCAGUGGCCUGCCGGCGACGAAUAAUUCUCUGUUUGGGGAUGGAAGAGGCUCAUCAUCAGCGCAACACUCGUCGAGCAGACACUCCCAUCGGAAGUCGAACUCCCACUCCUUCUUCCGCUCCGUUGCGAAUCUUACGCUGUCCGCUACGCACCAUGCGCCGGCUCUGCCACCACCAACGCCAGAAGAGCAAGAUUUACUACGUGACUACGACAACCUCUUCCGCAUCAUGUAUAACUACCCUCCUGUCCUUGACGGCGUGAACAUCGCCGAUGCCUACGUUCAAUGCAAGUCCCUCCUGACCCUCGCCGACCAAUACGACGCGCUCAGCGUCGUCGGCCCCCGCGUGGACCACCAUCUCCUCCAAUUCCAGUCCCGUCUCUGGAAGCAAAUCGCCAAGUACCCCAUCAGCUACCUCCGCCUGGGAUACAUGGCCCGGUCGAAGGUCAUUUUCCAGGAGGCGCUGAUUCACGUGGUCGGGCAGUGGCCUGCUGGGGAACGGUCAAUCCGUGCCGCGCUGCCGGAGAGCGUUGUAGACAUUAUUGAGGAUAAGGUUGACGAGCUGGAGGAGACUGUGUCGAGGAUUGAGGCGAGGCUGUUUAGAUUGACGCUGACGACAAGGACGGGGGAGAAGGUUACGCCUGCGACGAGUUAUAUUGAUUGGUUGGCGGUGAGCUUGUUCAGGCAGUGGUUGGCGGAAAAUACAACGCCCCCGCCAGUGCCAUCGGCCGUUGGAGGCUCGGGAAGGUCGUCGGCAGCGGGUGUGAAUGGGAAUGGCAGUCGGGCGAGGGAACAAUCGAGAACUCGGGGAAGGGGCGGGAGUACGAGUAGCAGCGGGGGAAGUAGUCAUGGUAGGUCGAGCCGUGCCAGGCAACAUGGAAGUGGUGGAGGGGAUAGGAAUGGCGAGGAUAGCGAUUCGCCUCCUCCGCCGGUCUCCCCGCUUGCUACGCUUGGUAGGACUUACAGACUGCUGGGGCAGCCGCCGGAUAAGUCAGGCCGGGACGGGUUCCUGGGGCAUGAUGAGUGUAAGCGGUUUUUGAAGUUGACUCCAGAGCUGUAUACCAGGGAUAAUUUGAGGAAGUUUGAGAAGAGGAUCGAGGAGCUGAAGGCGAUGGCCAGGGAGAUUGUGAGGCCACUGAUGGGGAGCGGGCUGGAAUUGGAUAUGUGUGGGCAGGGAGGGGGCGCUGGGCUGGGGUAUUUGACAUGUACCACUCUCAGGGAGAGGGAGUUACCUUGGAAGGGAGACGAGUAUCGGUGA